CAUUUGGUUGUUUAUUAAGAACAUCUCAUCGCCAUGAGUCCCAUUCAUUCUGGAAAAAACUGCGGAUUCUCAGCCAAAAGCUGUCACCUUGGUGGACAUCCCAUCAAUGUCACCAGACAUGUCUCUUCAGUCCAUCAAGGAAGCUCCCAUAACAAAAAACAUGGAGGUUCCCAUUAUGGAGGAUCCCAUCUUUCCUACCAUGGGGGCUACCAUGCGAAGCACCAUGAAGGAUUCCAUAUCUCCCAUCAUAAAACGGCUUACCCUUCCCACCAUGGAGGCCACUACAGUGCUCCUAGUGUACAUGGAGGUUCAGGAGGUAAAGGCAUCUCAAUCUCUAAGCAUUCUUCUGGUCAUAGUGGACACUCCAAAAACUUUGGAAGCCACGUGGGCUGGAACAAAGGUGGUUUGUUUGGUGUCAAUGAGAAGGAAACCAUGCAGGCUCUAAAUAACAGAUUGGCCUCCUACCUGGAGAAGGUCAGUUCACUGGAGCAGGAAAAUGAUCAGCUGGAGAGGAAUAUCCGAGAGUGGUAUGACAGAAAUCAACCCAGUGCUUUACCUGACUUCAGUAACUACUUCAGGACCAUCCGAGAGCUCCAGGGAGAGAUCUCUGCGACCAGUGUGGAAAAUGCCAGGAUUGUUCUGCAGAUAGACAAUGCUCGCCUGGCGGCUGACGACUUUAGGAGCAAAUAUGAAAUGGAACUGAGGCUGACAAAUAAUGUUGAGACAGAUAUGAAUGGACUGCGUAGACUUCUAGAAGGACUGAACGUGGAAAUUUGCAACCUUGAAGGACAAGUUCGGAACCUUCAGGAAGAGCUUCAGCAGAUGAGGAGGAACCACGAAGAGGAGGUGAAUUCACUGAGAGCUCAGCUGGGACAGAGAGUCAGCGUGGAAGUCAACGCUGCUCCAUCAGUUGAUCUGAACAGAUCCUUGUCUGAGAUCCGACAACAAUAUGAAGAGUUGAUGGAGAGGAACCUGAGGGAGGUCGAGAACAUGUUUAUGCAAAGAAGUGAAGAGCUGAACCGCGAGGUGACAUCUGGUGCUGCGCAGCUACAGUCAGUCCAGACAGAACUAAUAGACCUAAAGCGGGAUAUCCAAACACUGGAGAUCGAGCUACAGAGCCAACUCAGUAUGAAAUCCGCUCUGGAGGGCACCUUGGCAGAGACCGAAGCCACUUACAAUUCCCAGCUCUCCCAGUUACAAGGCCUGAUCAAUGCUGUGGAAUCCCAGCUGGCGCAGAUCCGAUCUGACCUGGAGCAGCAGAACCACCAGUACAGGAUCCUCAUGGACCAGAAAACCCACCUGGAGAUGGAGAUCGCCACCUACAAACGCCUACUGGAAGGACAUGACUUCCACGCUUCUGGACACUCUUUCCUAGGUGGAACACAUGGGUUCCAUCACACCUCCGUUAAGCACUCCCACCAUGCCAAGUGUUAAAACACUUUAAACAUCCGAGGGGAGAAGAAGAAUCCCUUCGUUCUGAAGACUUGUUUCCGGUGCUGAAUGUUCUGAAAAUCUCCUCCUCUACAUUAUCAUGCUUUUGCUUCUUCUUGAAAAUACUCAACACUUAGUUUUGCUGAGAGUGGCUCAAUUCUAACUUUUUUCAGAUCUGGAUCUAUAGUGUACGACCAGUUCUAAAAAAUAUUAUCUGCAAUAUCCCAGAUGGCACAUGAUUGCGCAAAUGGUUGGAGGACCCGUUCCCUUAAGGUUUUCUACUAAAAACAGAAUUAGAUAUUUGUCUAACAAAGGUGUCCAUAAUGUCCUGUACUAUUAGGGAGCUCUCUGAUGUGUCUGAGCUGGUAAUUUGCAUGUGAGUACGACUGCAUCUCAGAGAAGAUGAGUUGGCUAAACAUGGCUUCUUGUUUUAUAGGAAUACGUAGUUACGAUGAUAAUGAAUCAUAGAGAUGGAUACAGAUGGUGAUCCUGGCACUCAGAAUUGACAAUGUCACCCGAUACAUGCAUAUUGUGUCUGCUCCAUGGUACAGCACUAUGGAAUAUGUUGGAGAUUUUAAUUAACGAAUAAUAAUAAUAAUUGGAAGAUUAGUGAAUGUCAUUGCUUCUCAUGCUGUUCUAUGCACUGUAUUCUAUCUUUUUGGGAAUUUUCGCAAAAUAAAAUGAUCUCUCAUGAA